AUGUCGAGGAAACCUCUAGAGGCCAGGAUAUUCUUGCACCAAUGUAGAAGAACUUACAGCUCUACGCCCGCACAGUUGUAUGGACGACGAUUUGCAACAGCUCCGAAACCACAACCCCAACUCUCCCAUAUCCGCGACAAUGUCGAACUCCACGAACACAACGUUCUGGUGCGCAAUUAUCGCAACCUCAAAGAUGUCCCAGGAAAGAUCGCGGAGAACGUCCGCGCGGUCAAUGACCUAGAAGAUCGUAUGAAUAAACCUCGUCAGACUCUGAGAGAACUGCAAAAACAAAUAAAUACUACCAAAGGGGAUAAAUCUGAGUUCGUGACGCAGAUGAAAACGAUCCGGCCCGUGGUAGACGUCCUGGAGGCUGAAAGCGCGGCACUGGAUGUCGAAGCACGCGAGCUGGCUCUGUCAUUGCCCAAUUUGACAUUCUCACAGACACCCACUGACGGUGCACCGAGAUUGAAGUCCUAUUUCAAUUAUGAUCCGGCAAAUCCUCCCCGGCACAGCAACUCAGCAGAUCACGCGAUCAUUGGCGAGAAGCUCAAUUUGCUCGAUUUUGCCGCGGCCGCAAAUUCAACCGGAUGGGGCUUCUACUUCUUGCUCAAUGAAGCGGCUCUCCUCGAACAAGCUCUAGUUCAAUACGCGUUAUCAGUGACCAUUAAACAUGGAUGGUCGGUCGUCUCUCCUCCUUCCCUUGUAUAUUCGUACCUGGCGGAUUCGUGUGGGUUUCAGCCUCGGGAUCAGAACGACGAACAACAGAUCUGGGAGGUCGCUCAGCUCCCGAGAGACCAGGGGAAGCCUAUGAGAAGCCUCGCUGCCACGGCAGAGAUUCCCCUUGCUGGAAUUUACGCUGGAAAGACUGUCCCGGAGGGUAAUCUGCCCAUCAAGCUCGUGGGCUCUAGUCGAUGCUUCCGUGCUGAAGCCGGUGCUCGCGGGGUGGAUAGUAAAGGUCUCUAUCGAGUGCACGAGUUCACCAAGGUUGAGAUGUUUGCGUGGACAGACUGUCCCUCUAGCAGUGCGGGGGUUCCAGAUGAGGAUAGGUGGCUCGAACACUCGGGCAAGGUGUUUGAUGAGAUGGUUGGUAUACAAACUGAGAUUCUGUCAUCACUGGGCCUGCCCUGUCGCGUUUUGGAGAUGCCGUCCUCAGACCUUGGCGCCAGUGCGUUCCGCAAGAUCGACAUUGAGGCCAUGUUUCCUUCGCGAAGAAAGAGGGAUGAUGGAUGGGGCGAAGUCACCUCCGCUUCGAUUUGUACAGACUACCAAAGCCGGAGACUUAAUACGAGGAUCGCGGAGAAGAACCUGUCGACGAAGAAGUUUCCCCAUACAGUGAAUGGCACGGCCAUAGCGAUUCCGAGAGUUCUCGCUGCCAUAUUGGAGAAUGGGUGGCGCGAAGACGAAGGUUGUGUGGUUAUACCUGAAAAGCUGAGAGUGUACAUGGGUGGAAGGGAAAAGAUCGGGCCCCGAUAA